AUGCUUAAAGAAAUCCCCAAAGGAUCUACAUUCACCCUCCGACUUAUAGAACCUCUCAAGUCUGGAUUUUCCCAUAUAGGACCUCCUGGGUCAAGCAAAAAGUCUGGAGGCAUUGGAACUGGUAAACAGACACUUCGAUUACGUUCCAAAGGACCUGCUACAGUGGAAUCAGUUCCAGAUGCUGUGGUUAAUAUAGCAAUAGACAAAAUCAAUUGUUUACUGGAGUCCUACAUGGGUAUCAAUGAUACAGAACUGGCUCAAAACAUCUGGGAAAUUGGUAACAAGAAGGAUAAUCCUCAUGAUUUUGCAACGGCUGUUGAUGAGUCAGAACUAGAAGCCUUUGUUGAUCUAAUAUGCAUUUUGUGUUGUAUCCAUGAGAAGAUUUUUUAUUUGAACAUUCAAUACGACGUCAAAAAAAGUUUUAAUCGAUAUCUACCCAUGUUUAAAGGCAACAUUGGAACGCGGACUGGCCGAAAUGUGCUUGAAGGCAAAGAAAUUCACUGUGACUCGGCUGGAUUUGAUAACUUUGAUGACUACCUCACUGAUUCAGCUUCCAGUUCACCAGAGAAAAGUAUUGAUACUGUGCGUCAAAAUGCAAUUAAGUCAUUUUUAAAUGCAGAAAAAACGGUGCAGGAUGGAGAAUCUCCUCUUUCAAAACUACCAUCCAAGAAAAGAUUAUCCUUCAAAGCUGAUGCGACAUCAGAUUCUGAUUCUUCUAGCAUCACUUCCUUUCAACCACGAAAUCGGCUUAUCAGUAAGCGUGGCAUGCAGUCUUUUCCUGGAGAAGAUGAAGAAGAAGAGAAAAAGAGUUUGGAGCGAUUCAGCCCUCUUGUUGUUCCAUUCAAAAAAUCGCCCUCCCUAGGCAACAAAGUUUAUCUCCCACAUUCCCAUUCAGAAACAAAGUAUACAAAAAGAAUUAGUAAACGAGGAAUGAAGUCUUUUCCUGAUGAUGAUAUUGAUGAUGACUUGCAAGUUUAUGAAAUUGUCAACAGCCCUGAUUACCUCAAUGUAGAACCAAUAAUAAUGGAAAAGAUGGUUGAAGAUGAACAGCAAAAUCUUUCACCAAAUGGAGGCAAAGAAAAUGAAGAAAACCUUAGCAAGAUCCAGAAUUAUGAAAAUACCAAACAGUCGCAUCAAAAGUCAUAUAGUCAUGUAUCAUCGCCCACUAUAAAAGUGAACACCAAACCUGGAGAGAAAACAGCAAAAAGCAUGCCGCCCAAGAACUGGUAUAUAUGGGAGGAUAAUAGUCUCACUGAUCGAGCCAAAAUAAUAAUCACUCCUUAUGGUGUACAUGAAGAUACAGUCAAUGAGAAGCAUUGUGAUAGCAUUUCAGAGGCUGAAGUCCCAUCAGUAGUUGAAGAAGAAUUAUCAGAGGUUGACGUAGUGGUGACCGAUGAGGUGAUAUCAAUUGAUGAAAAGUCACUACCAAAGUCUGAAGAUUCAUCAAAGAAUGAAGUAUCAAGUGAUGUGACAACAUCAACAGAUGAAGAGCGGCAAAAACUCAAGAGAAAAAAAAGAGUAGCAGUACGAAAACUUCGAGUAUCGCCUCGCAGACAGAGGACAUCUCUGAGAACAAAGUCAACCUCACCUAAAAAGAAAGCGUUACCAGCGAAAAGAAGUCUGGGAUCAAUGGGUACAAGAUCUGCACCAUCUGAAGAGAAGAGAAAGAGUACAACCUCAUCAACAAAGAACAAACAAGCUCUCCCUAUGAGCAAGAAGAAUGUGUCACUAUCUCAAAAAAAGAAAAGUUCUUCAAAUCUUAGAAAGAGAAAUGUUUCUUCUUCACAGGAAAAUAAACCUGUUGAAACAAGGAAGCGUAAAAGGGCUGCAAGCAGUAGUCCCAAAAAUAAAAUUCCUGCUAAAAAAGCCAAAAUAAAUGAACUAACCACCAGGACAUCAAAUCAUUGGACCAGAUCAUCUACUUUAAAAGUUAAAAAAGAAAGUAUAUCACCUGCUAAAAAACAGAAAAAAAUGAUUUCUCAAAAGCCAGAUAAAGUGGAUACCAGUUCAGUACCAAAGAUGCCACUUCAAAAGCAUGAGAAAAAACGUUCUUCCACUACUUUAGUAACUCUUCCAAGAAAGAGGCGGACAAGUGGACCCCUUUCCUCAGAAGAUUCUCUAGUGAUUUGUAACAAAGAGAAACGAAAAAGUGGACGCCUUUGUGAAGAAGAUUCUUUAGUGGCAUUUAGUCAAGGGUACUCCAAAAGGAUUUCUGCUGAAAAGUCCAAAAGUCCUGCCAAAACAAAUCAUGUAACAAAAGAUCUCAAUGUGUCUAACUUGAACUCUCAUGAAGGACCACCUGAUUGGCUAUGCCAAGUCUGCAAUGGCCUCAUUCCCCAAUGUUUAAUGACUUGUAUUUUCUGUGGCUUCCGAAGACAGAGUCAUGAAGAAGAUCCCAAUGAGUCUGACAAUGACUCUCAAGAAGGAACAACCGACUGGCAGUGUCAAGGCUGUGAAGGCCUCAUUCCUGUAUCCUUAAAGGCUUGCAUUUUUUGUGGUUUAUGUAAACAAGAGAGUUCUCAAGGUUCAGAAACUCAAAUGUCUCAACACAGAAACAGUCCAAGCUCAUUUUAUCGAAAACUUUUCAAACAAUUAAGAGGAAAAAAUACAAAGCAUUCCCCCCAAAACUCAAAGAAAGGUCAGAAAGCACUAUCUGAGCCAGUAGAGGCAACAUCCAAAUAUGAAUCUCCAGCUUUACAAAAGACAUCUUUAAGAUCAAUGAAAAACCAAAGUUCUUUUUCUUUGAAAAGCAACUACACAUUUAAUUCUUAUACAGACAUCAAAGUAGAUCACAAAAUUUCCUAUUGUGUCUGUUCUCAAAGUGACACAGCCGUGAUUGGAAUGAUGAAACUCCAAAGAGGUGGAUAUCGGAAUCCAAAUCAGUCUCUUAAAGAGAUGUUUUUCACAGUUCUGGAAGGCCAAGUUAGAGUACAGAUUGAUAGUGAAAAACAACAAUUGAGUAUUCAUGACACAUUUGUAGUGGCUAAAAAUGGAGAAUACAGUAUAGAAAAUACCAGUGCUAAAACAGCUUGUCUUAUCUUCACAAUCAUCAAAUAG